GCGGUUGCAGUGUGUUGGCAGCACAGCGGCGCGAUGCAGCUCAUCGCUUCACGCGCUGCAUAUGCAUGUGCCCACCAGAACUUUGUCGGUACCUAGUCUACACCACCGUCGGCCACACUCGCUCCCAAGCGCCACGUGAGCAAGACAUACUUUCAAACCUAGCAGAAAUCACUCGGCUCUAGAUGACAGCUUUCAGAGUGGCAUGUGAGAUUUCAUCUCGUAUGCAUUGCCAUGCGGUAUUCAUCCCCGCUAAUUUUGGGCUACUUCGUUCGAUCUGCAAAUCAUUGCUGCUCCACAACAUCGCGGAGAGAUAGUAGUAGCGCCCGUAGUUCCGCAAAGAUCUGUCUCGCCUUUCGCUUGCUUUGAUGAGGAUGUGCCUGUCGAUCAGACCGGCCCCUGCAGCAAAAGAACGCUCAUGCGUUUUGUCUUGCAAGCGUUGGGAGGUGCUCAGGACCGUGAAGCCUCUCGGUUGCCUUGACCGCAGUUGUGCCUUCGUAGAUGAUCGUGUUUCGCUGAGGCAGCACAAAGGCGAAACGGUGCGAGAUCACUUGGACGCCGCCCCGUGCCAAUAAUACGAGCCCCGCCAAAUAGCUCGCCCGAGCAUUGGCAAACUCCCAAUGCGGACACUAUUGUGCAACCGCAUCAUGAAAACCAAUCCACCUUUAAGCUAACGCCACUGCUAUGGAUGAAAGCUCUGCGAUGGCGGCAGCAUGGCAUGCGGAUAUCUAUGUACUG